GAAUGCGUCUUCCAACUUUGGACAUUUUUCCUGCAGCCGAUACUGGAAAGGAUAGCAGGUCUUGGAGGACUGUGAGCUACAACAACAAAGAGGAGGGCAGCAAGUGGUGGAAGGACCAGUGGUAUGGUGGCAGUUCAUCUGAACAACAUGAUGGAAAGAACGGGAAAUCGCGAGGAUGGUACGACUCUUGGUCGCGGAAAGACGACGACUGGCGUGACCACGGCUCCAGAUCCAAAUGGAAUGAUGAGAGCUCGUGGAGAGACUGGACAAGACGGGAUGAUGACUGGGAUGAUGGUGAUGCUGCGUUCUCCGACACAAGGGCAAGUAAUCGGAUAUGGCGCACCAGCCAUCGGGAUCCAGAGGAUGUAAAUGAUGAGUACGGCGAGGCGAGCCAGAAUAGUGACAAUUUUGAGCAUGGUAUGACAGAGGAAAAGAAGGAGGAGGAGUUUAUGCCCUGGAAGCGUCGAGAAGAGGAGAAGGAGAACGAAGCCGGAAAGGAUGACAAUCUGGGAGUGAAG